UCCACCACAUGUGGUCACUUAUUAUAUGCUAGCAAGAUUCUCAGUAAUGAUGGGGCCUGUCCCAUUUGUGAUCAAGUACUCUCCAAGAGUUUAAUGAAACCUGUGGAUACCAAUCCAAAUGAAGAAUGGGUAAAUAUGGCGAUGGCUGGAAUUUCUCCACAAAUAAUGAUGAAGAGUGCAUACCGAAGUGUAAUGUUUUACAUCUCGCAAAGAGACUUAGAGAUGCAGUACAAGAUGAAUAGAGCUGUUGCGCAGUGUCGUCAGAAAUGUGAGGGCAUGCAAGCAAAGUAUAGCGAGAAAAUGGAGCAGGUACAUACAGCAUAUCAGAAGAUGGGAAAGAGGUGUCAGAUGAUGGAGAAAGCGGUAGAAAACUUGACCAAGGAUAAACAAGAGCUCCAAGAGAAGUUCUCCGAGAAAUCAAGACAGAAGAGUAAACUUGAUGAGAUGUAUGACCAGCUAAGAAGUGAAUAUGAGUCAGUCAAACGCACAGCCAUCCAACCAGCAAAUAACUUCUAUCCACGACAACAGGAGCCUGAAUUUUUCUCAAACCCACCAUUUAACAUGAUAGAGAACAGAGAACCCACUCGCAAAGACCGGUGGUUUUACUCUCCUGGAAUACCAGGAUCCAAAGAUGAGAUAUGGCCAGCAAGACAGAACAAUUCAAACCAGGGUCCAUUUGACAUCUCCAACGACUUAACCGCAAUUCCAACUGACCUUGGAAACAGAAGAGCAGGAGGAGGACAUCAAACAUUUGGUGGCGGUGGCAACUCUAAUCCGCAAUCAAUUCUACGAAACCUUAUUCUCUCCCCUAUUAAACGCUCUCAGCUGUCUCGUUCCCGCCCUCAACUGUUCACCUUGUAGCUGAAGGAUCAAAUUCAAGUGUUUUGAACCUGAGUGGAUAUAAGCACUAAUGGUCACAAACCAGUAAGUGACUCUUUGUUUUUUAUAAGCUUACUGUCUUAGCAAGUAAAAUCUUAGGAUUUGAGAAAUUGAAGAACUCUCGUCUCUAUAAAUAGUAAUGAUAAAUCAUAUAUUUUAGUAGAAUCAAUAUAGUGAAACUACUUACAAGGAUGUAAGAUGACGAGC